AUGGAUCUUUCAAUCGACUUAUUGGAGUUCCUGAAUGCAAACAGCUACGAACAAUCUAUGUUUCGCAAGGCCAUUUACAACUCUGAUAAAAAGUUAAUGUCUAAACUGAUAAAAACCCACAGCAGCUUAAAGGAUCAAGUUCUUCACGUUGCUGCUCACCUGGGAAACAUUAAUAUCCUGAAAGAAUACAUCCACGCCGGAGCUGAUGUCAACAAAAUUGGAGCAGAAGAAGAGAAUUGUUUUACACCACUCCAAAGAGCUGUCUCUGAAAAUCAAUUUCAUGCGGUCAAGUGGUUGGUACAAACAGGAGCGAACGUGAACGCUGAUUAUCAAGGAAGAUGCCACGGAAAUUGUUUAACCCUGAACAUUGCCAUCAACAAUUACCCGGAAAAUUUGGAGAUGAUUGAUUUCCUGCUGAAUAAUGGAGCUGAUGUCAAUAAAUCCUGCGACAGGUGCUACACACCGUUAAUAAAAGCUAUCCAAGACCAUCAGCAAGAAAUUAUUCAAGUUCUGCUAAAGUUCGAUGCAGAUGUCAAUUUAUCGUGCAAUUACUUUGGUGAUAAAGUGACUCCUCUGUAUAUGGCAGCGAAGCAGAAUCAACUUGAAACAGUCAAGGUCUUGUUGAGCAGAAACGCUAAUGUGCAGGCUAUAACGGCAAACAGGAAUCAAUCCGUACUCCAUGGAGCGAUUCCGUUGGCUAGUCAAGAAGUCGUCGAAUGUCUUCUGAGUGCUGGUGUUGAUCUCAAUAUUGUGGAUUCGAGUGACAAGACUGUGGUGGACUUGGGAAGACAUACAAAUUACCGAUUAAUUCCAACUAUCAAGGAGCAUUUAGUGAAGAUGAAAGCCGCUGGUUUACAUUUGAGUGAACGCAAUUUGGAAGUAAUUAAUCAUCAAGAGUUUGAUAAAGUUUUAGAUUCUUGUUCAAAGGAAGUUGAAUUAAUGAAGAAGUUCAGAAUUGCGCAUACCCGAGCGAGUGUGAAGUAA